AUGCACAACAGUUUGAUUCUCAUCGGUAUCGCGGCUGGUUUGCAGAGUGUUAUUGCCCAGUCAACAUCUCUUUACAUUCCAGGAUUUGACCCACAGCCAAUCAGUGCUAAUAUCGUGGGCGUUGAUUCCAAUGGUCGAACUACCUGGGAUCUUCUACCGGGUUCAGUAACCGAUGAUAGUGAGGGUGGUUUCAUCGGAACAGUCACCCUCGUUGAAGGCUCCGAUGGGGCACAUUUGACUUACGCCGACGCCUCUCUUUCUCUCACCCUUGGUUACGACUGCACUUUUUCUUCCGGUCAGGCUAUCUGCAGUGGUGUUGAAAAUGAUGAGGGUAUCACAUUCACCGAAACAGAGGCGAUCUCGUCCUUCGCUGUUGCACUAGACACUGCUACAGCAGCAGGAGCUUCCGCCACUGGCACUGGCAGUAGCUCCUCUCAAGUCUCUGGUUCUGAGUCGGGUUCCGCAGCUCCAACCCAGACUGGGAGCUCAAAUUCCUCCUUGAACCUAGUCGCCGCUUCGUCCGUUUCCUUGCUUGGAGUUGUAGGCCUCGUGCUAUCCUUCUUGUAA